ACUGUGAAUCUUCUUGUAAGAAGUCCGUGUGAAAACCCCAUGGCGAUUAGUGCUGGGCUUCACCCACCACAUCCUGUGCACCUUCCUGCCCUACUGGACUCAGUCUUCACCCAGCUGCUCCACAUUCACCUGGUAGGAUCAGUGCUAUGACCUCUACACUCACUGCCCUGCUCUACCUUGGGCUGUUCCUGAGCCAGACUGUCAGCACCGAGAAGCAGAAUCUUUCAAAACCCAUCAUCUGGGCCAAGCCAGAUUUCAUGAUUCCAAAGGGAAAGCAGGCGCUUAUCUUCUGCCAGGGGACUCCUGAGGCUGUGAAGUACCAGCUGUAUUUCGAGGGACACCUCUUUCUUCAGCAGAGCCCAAAGCAACAUGGAAGGAGGAACAUAGCCAUGUUCCACAUCCCAGCCAUGACCCCACUCACUGCAGGGCAAUACAAGUGUAUUUACCGAAGCAAGAAGCUCUGGUCAAACCCUAGUGACCCUCUGGAUCUGGUGGUCACAGAAUUGUAUGACACACCCACCCUCUCUGUCCAUCCUGGGCCUGAGGUGACCUCAGGAGAGAACGUGAGCUUCUACUGUCGGCUAGGCACUGCAACAAACAAGUUCUUUCUGCUCAAGGAGGGAAGAUCCCCUCACCCUCAGCACAGAUACGGGAACACCCAGGUGGAGUUCCCCAUAGGUCCUGUGACCACAGCCCACAGAGGGACGUACAGAUGUUUUGGCUCUUAUAACAACCAUGCCUGGUCCUUCCCCAGUGAGCCUGUGAAGCUCCAGGUCACAGAUUUUGGGGACACCAGCCUUGCACCCACAGAGCACACCUCUUUUUCUGACUAUUGGGAUCUUGACUUGGUAACCACAGAGGCAGAAUUCCAGCAAGAUCUUGCCUCCUGGGAUCACACUGCCCAGAAUCUCCUUCGGAUCAUUCUGGCUUUCCUGGUCCUGGUGGCACUCAUGUGCCUCCUGGCUGAAGACUGGCUUUGGAGGAAGAGGGCACAAGAAAAAGCCAACGGGGCUUCAAGUCAGGAAUGCAGGAGAAGGUUCAGAACACAGAGAUGCCUGAACGAAUGACCAAGAGAUGUGCUGGUCCCAGGUAGAGCUGAACUCUGGCCUUGACCCUGAGCUGAGCGAGCUCUGUGUUGUACCCACAAAGGGGGGUUCCCUGCAGGACACUGAGGGACAGCUGCAUGGAGUCUGGCAAAGCUUGUUGGGCAGGGUGGGAUGAAAGAGCUAUAUUUCCCUCCAGACAGACCCUCUUGUCUCUUCCGGGGUGUAAGCAUUUUUAUGCCUGCCUGAUGCGAACCAAAGCUUUAACCACUCUGGUUUUCCCCCAGAAUAUCUCCUUUGUUAACAGCAUGGCCACAAAUAUUUCCUUCCUACUUUGGUCUUCAUCCCUUCUUCUUUCCAUUGCUGCAAUAUGUCAUUCAAGAUAUUUAAUAACCAGUACAGAAAAAAAUAAUAACCAGUAUAGAAAAUAAUAAUAAUAACCAGUACAGAAUAGGCAUUUAUCAAAAGCAACAGGAGCCAGUGAGGCACCAACAGGUCAAAGGAGAUACAGACCGUGAGCACACAUAUGGCUGAAUGUGUCCUAGCUGGAUCUCAGCCUUGCCCCGAUUCCUCUGUCCUAUACCACUACAGGCUUCUGUCUUCCUUGCUUCUUUAUCCAGACUUUGCCUUCUUCCUCGGGUCUCCCCCAAGAGAGCUCCCAAACCCUCCAUCUCAACAUCAGAUAUCACCUCCAUGCUCCCAAAGCACUUUCUGUUCAUCUAUAAUAGCACCGGGGCUCUAACAUUGCAUACAUAUCCAUUUUCCCAUCUCUACCGUGAACUUGUGUGAAUUAAGUCUGUGCUGGAUCUAAUGACUGUGCUCACAGCUCCUGCCACUAAGAGAGCUCUCCAGAAAUAUAUGUCAGGUCAGUCAGUACACAAAUAGGGCAGUAGUGCAACUUAGCCCUUGAGACUGCUGACUAUUGUCCUUGAAAUGCUGUCUGGACACUUUGUUCCUUGAGAACUUCCACUGGAUCAACCCAUUAAUAUAAUCAUGAUGUGGGUCCCUCCCCCCGUCAAGACUCUGAUGCCUCACACAGCUCAAAUCCAUUCUCUAAAUCUGAAUUUUCUGUUACGCAUCAGAGAACAUUAAUUCCAACCUCAAAGGGGUGACAUGCAUGUUUAACAAGAUAAAGAAUGUCGGGGCACCUGCGUGGCUCAGUGGGUUAAAGCCUCUGCCUUCAGCUCAGGUCAUGAUCCCAGGGUCCUGGGAUCGAGCCCUGCAUUGGGCUCCCUGCUCAGCAGCGAGCCUACUUCCUCCUCUCUCUCUCUCUCUCUCUCUCUCUCUCUCUCUCUCUCUCUGUCUACUUGUGAUCUUUGUCAAAUAAAUAAAUUAAAUAUUUACAUACAAAAAAAAAAAAAAAAGAAUGUCACGAAACCAGCAUAGGCUCUGACACAUGGAAGUUAGCCCAAUGCACAGCAGCUGUGACUAUCCUGAGUAUUACAGGGAAUUGAAACUCAUACCAAUUGUUACCUCAAAACCAGUGGACCAGAACUAAACAUCCUUCUUUCUGUUCUUCAUCUGCUAGGUGUUCAUGGACCAAGGACAUCUGUUGAUACUAAAUCAUCACAAUGUUCUUCUUUUUUUGUCUAAAAAAAAUCUUUAUUUUAUUCUAUAACUUGAAAAAUAAAUUCAAUUUUAUGUAUAGAA